AUGGCAACCGAGUUCGCAGUGCCCCCCAGCAUGCUCGCCGUUCCGAAUGCGGGAAAUGGUGCGCAGAAUGUUAACAUUUUGCCCCCCGGUGCGGGCACGAGAGUCGUAGACGUCCCGUUCGUGCACUACAGGCAGACGAUGUGCGUGAAAGAAGUCAAGGUGCCUGUGGAAGUGACCAAGGUUGCCGUGAAGAAAGUCGAAGUCGAAGGCAUCCAUGAGGUCCCCAUCAUCCAGCCUCGCGAAAUUGGCGUCCACCAAGUUGUCCGCCGCAACGUCCCGGAGCCGAUUGAUGUUUACACUGUCCAGAAGUACACCAUGCCCCGCAUUCAGCCCAAGUACUACGACGUGGAGGUGCCGAUCUACGUGCCGCGCUACGUCGAGGUUCCCGUCCCUUCCCACUUUGUCACUCUCCAGAAGGAGGACAUCCCCGCGGUUGUGCCCGUCGGUCCCCCCCUCCAGGGCGUGAACAGCGCCCCCAUUCUGAAGAACGAGCAGGCAUACAGCCUGGCGCCCGCGGCGGAUGCCAGCGAUGAAGCAGCUGGUCCCGUGGCCCCCGGCGUCGUGGACGAUAAUUUCUCCUUCCACCGCCAGGGUUCGGGCAGCUCCGAUUUGGGAUACAGCAAGACUGCACACAACGAAACUUUGACGGCUGAAGUCAUCGUCCAAGGCAGCGCUGCGUCUUACCAGGAAGAGGCCUCGGGCGUCGCUGUGGUCGGAAACGACGCCGCCGGCUCUCUCGCCUCCUCCCCGCGUGUUUUCUCUCGGGUGAAUGCCGCGGCUGCUGCCUCUGGAGAGAUGGAGAGCGACAAUGCCUCUGAACGUGCCGAGUCCGUCGACUCAAUGCCCCAAUAA